GCACUCUGCUGUGGCAUGUUCACUGGCUUAAGAACUGAGCUACAAUGUAUGUACCUUAAUACUAUAAUGAUGUUGUUUUUAAACAGUCUGCAUAGAAUUCUAACCCGCUAGGUACCAUGGGUGGACUUGGUCCAGAAAGGCAGCUUUUAAACAUUUAAAAAGGAAAAAGGCAACUUUGCAUAUAUCCCAAACUAAAACUGGUUAGUUACAAGAAUGCAGAAUAAGAGAUAUGCUUUUCCAUACAUAAAAGAAUUGUUCUAAAGUUUCAAAUUUGGAGGAUAUAUUUUAAUUAAGGUUAGUAAGACUGAGAAGGCUAGGUUUUUAACUAUAUAUAAUGUUGUUGUACAAAAGUACAAAUCCUUUGUAUAUACAACUGUUAACGUUGGAAACAACAACAGAAUAUAAAAUAUAGCAAUAAUUUAAAAAGGCACCAACAGCUAUGAAAUGCACUAAAUGCUAUAAUAUUUCUUUUAGAAGGUCUUUACAGUUCCAAAUGAAUGCUGGUAACUAACACUUGAAAAGUGCAUGCUGUCCAGAAAUACAGAGCAGCAGUCAUACUAUCUGUCAGUACAACAAAUAAUAGCCCAAUUGCUAUGAACUGGAACCUGAUGGGAGUCAAACUCAGCACGUUAAAAAUAAAGGCUACUUACUAACCCUACGCACCAUUCCACCUGCUGACACAUGCUGGCUGUGGGAUGGGACUCUCUGUGUACAAGCAUGCAUUAGACUGAGCGGGAAUCCAGAGCCAAUCAGGAACACGUUUCACCUGGCCAAAUGUGGGACUGAUGCACACGUAGUCAGCAGAAGGCAGGACUAGCUCGUGAUUCCCUCGCACAUGUUUUCAGCAUAGAAGACAGUUUGUGUGAGUGCUCCCAGUACCACAUGCCCGGAUUCCUUGGUAAAUUGCCUUGCUUUCACCACCUGGUUCAGUAUUCCCAGUCAACAACUGAAUAGAAUGCCAGUAUCACCUUUGUAUGACGACUUGCACAGAUAAUAUGGCAAAAGGCACCUGAUUUUCAUUCUUUAACAACUCUGGCUGCAAGUACAAUUGGAUGGUAAAGCACAUUAAUAAGGUAGCUAAUUUUUGUUAAAUGAUACCAUUAUAACAGAGAAUGUUUAGGCUGCUUUUCCACUGUAGUGCUUAAGAGUUUGAAAAGAAAACCUAAAUUAACGAAUGGAAGUUGUUACGUCUAACUCCUGAGAUGGCACAUGCACCUUAAAGAGUUGCAUGAAAAGAAUGAUUUCACCACUUGUAGGGGGUGAUGUGUGUGUUUGUGUUUAAACAACCUUACUAGCGUGCCAGGAGGAAAAGCAGGUCCUGGUAAAAUUCCGCCUUCUGUGCAUGUCUGAGGCUUCUGGAACCCAACAGGGCUAAAUCCCAGCAUAUGGUUCCAAGAUCCCUCUCAAGAUCUGAAGCUGCCAUCAUCAACCUUAGACCCGGGAUCACUCGUCGUUCCGUGGGAACAUACCCUCAAGGACCGGCAUUUACUUCCACGUUCAAGUGCGUCUAAGCACCCAACAUGGAGGGAGGUGCGCAUACGGCAAAAAGCGAACCGCCGUCACGUGCGAAGCCACUCCCCACACAAAACAAGGCAGCUGGAGAAGGUUCCCCACGUGCGGGCAAGCAAGCAAGCCAGACGCGAAAGCGACCCUCUCAGGCCCGCGCUCCCCGCCGCGCGGAUGGCUCAGGGGGGACGAGCCGAGCGCACCGUCGUCACGUGAGAAGCCGCCUAGACACCCGUGUAAGCAAAAGGUAACGCAAGCGAACACCAACGCCGGGAUGAUCGCAACCCGGGUUGCCACGAGGAGGAGGAGGUAGAGGAGCAGGGGCCGGCGGCUCCCCUUCCCCGCCCGAGCAGGGGAGCCCCGUGAAGCCGUUACUCACCGCAGGGCCCCCAGCGGGAAAGGAAGGCGGGACAGGCGCCAGGGGGAGAGGCGCGGCGGCUGGCUCCUCAGGCGACGCCGACGCCGCUCGUGCGUUCUUCAGGCCGGCUGAGGCCUUGUAGUGCAGCUUCCGGCGCCUUCCUCUCGAAGCGGCUUCGCGUCGCUCCUCCUUUUCCCUCGCCGCACAACCGCACUGAGGCGGGGCCUGCCGGGCCCGUGUGGGGAAAAUGGCAGCCGAGGGGGCGGUGUCGGGCGCCUCCUUCUCUUCCUUCUCGGCUCGCGCGUGGAAGAGGGCCUCUUUUGCUUAGAGAAGGAGCCUGCCAGGAGCCUCGUUGUGUCUCUGGUUGGGGGGAAGCGCUGAGGAGAUGAAAGGAGAAAAGUCGACCUUUCCUUACUUCGCCUCAUGGCGGGAACGGUUCCCGCCCUUGCCGCGGCAGCAGCUUGCCAGGGAGACAUGCGGGGAAGAAGCGGGACAAAGUUCCGCUUAACUGAGGCAGCCGCGCCCAGGAUUUAGCCGUUGAAGAGGAAAGGCGAGCGAGGAGGCCACGCUGGGGAAAGGGGACGAAGGCAUGGAGAAAGGGGAUAGAGAAACGUUUGCUUCCCUCGUGGCACCGCGGGCAACCGGUGAAGCUGAGCGUUGGGAGAUUCAGGACGGAUAAAAGGAAGUACUUCUUCAUGCAAAAGCUCAGGGUUAAACUAUAGAACUCUCCCACAGGAGGCAGCUACGGCCAACAACCUAGAUGGCAAGAUGAGACAGAUUUAUGGAGGAGAGAGAGCUAUGGAUGGCUAUUAGCUCUGCCUCCAUUGCAGUGCUUCUGAAUAACAGUUGCUGGAAAUCGCAGGAGGGGAGAGGACUCCUGUGCUUGAAUCCUGCUUGCUGGUUUCCCACAGGCGUCUGGUUGGGCCACAGUGAGAACAGGAGGCUGGACUAGAUGGACCAUCCGCCUGAACCAGCAGACUGUUCUUAUGUUCUUAGCUGUCUCAAUAGGGCUGGUAUAGAGUGGAGGUGAUUCAGCCCCCAAACCAUAUGCUGUUUGCUGGUUAUUAUCUCUAACUUGUACUUUAUAGCAGGAUGGUCAAUCUGGUCUGUAGCAGCAAGCACAACAAAAACUCCCGUGGCACCUUGAAGAUGGAGAAUAAGUUAGUCCACAAAAACUUUCCCUGUAAUAAUAAAUUUUGGCUGCAUUCACAUAGCAGUUUGUUCCAUUUUCACUAGUUUUCUGUAGCUGUUAAUUUCUACAUUACUGUAUAUCUGAGCUUUCACACCAUGUGAAAGAUGGUUCCAGGACUGUAGUGGAAAAUUGUGCAAGUUUAGCACUUAUUUCCAUAUUAUUUGCAAAUGGAUUUUUUUCUGGAAGCAAAUAAUGUGGAAAUGAGCACGAAUCUUGUCCUAUAUUCCACUAUAGUUCCAGAAGUGACUUUUAUGUCAUGUGAAAGCUCACAUGUAAUGUGGAACUUAAAAGGGAAAAGGCAUGAAAAUAGAAUAAACUGCUAUGUGAAUGCAGCCUCAGUCUAUAAGGUGUUACAAGACUUCUUGUUUUUAUAUCAUUUUAUGUGCACAUUUAUGUAAUUCCAUAUAAAUGCUAGCUAACUUGAGACACAUGGUUUAACUGUGAAUUCCUUUGUUUCCAGAUUAACCACAGACCUAAGCAGAUGCAAACCACUUAAAGUCUCACCCAGGAAAUAAUUCUCAUUAGAAGGUUGGAGGUUAAGUCAUUUAUAAGAGUUCUUCCACAAAGAGAGAUUGUAAGUUUUGUGGUGUAAAAUGUGUCAAAGAUUCUGGUAUCCUGUUUUAAAAAUACUAGACAAAUCUCUUUCCCAGUGAUAUGGGGCAGAACAUUUUUCCAUUUCAUAAGCUCAUUAGUAGUAAUGAAUGGGUGCAAAUUGGCCAGGGGUUAUAUUUUAAGGAUGUACAUAGCUGUAACAUUUCAGGGAUAAAUCUUUAUCUUAAUAGAUAUACUAAUGGAGUUACACCUUGUUGUGACUUUGUUUCUAUGUCAUAGUCUGCAAAUGUUACUGCCUUUCCUGAUUCUCCACAAGACUGUCUUCAUGUGGCCCAUACCUAAAACCAGUCAAGCUGUUGAUGAAGAAUCUGUAUAUGUGCAUGAAUGCAUUUACUGUAUACGAAGAUCUGACCCUUACUUUUACAUUACCUCAACACGGUACCUUAGGGUGGCUCCUUUUUCUUGAGUGCAUUCUAGUUUGAAUACAACCAGCUUCCCCUGGUGUGGAGAUGAAGUGAGGGGAAAGCAGUUCCUAUUGUGCAGUUGUGGGCACUUAGUGCCUAUCAGAGAAAAGGGGACCAUUCUAGCAUGAUGUUUGCCCACUCAGGUGCAUGCAUGAUAAUGUGUAAAUGGAUUCCUGUUUUAUGUUACUACUUGGCAGUAGUUGAUUUUUAGAUUCCAGGUCCCCACUUUUCCAUAUCAAAACUUCCAACUACUCUGAAAUAUCUGUAUAGGCAGAUUUUUCUUGAAGAAAAGAUAUGAUGCAUUUGAGGGACUCUUUUGAGGAUACCUGCCAGAGAUGAUGGGUGUAUGCACAUCUUUGUAUCAGAGAGUCAGUAUGGUUGAGCGGUUAGAGUGGUGGACUAGGAGACCAGGGUUCAAAUCCCCACUUGGCCAUGAAACUCACGAGGUGACUUUGGGACACUAAGUGACCCAGUCUCAGCCUACCGUACCUCACAGAUUUGUUGUGGGGAUUACAUGGGGAGCAGGAGAACCAUAUCCACCACCUUAGGCUCCUUAGAGAAAAAGGUGGGAAAUAAAUAAAUGCCAAGGGGGUGGAGGGCAUACCAGUGUAAAAAAAUAUACAUUGCCCAUUGCCUGGAUUCUAUACCACGAUCUCUGCUGAUCUGUCAGCAGGAAAUCUAAAUGAAUCUAAACCAACCAGAACCAUACCUCCUCUGCACAAGAGGGUGUUAUAAGCAGACAUGGGGUAACCCUGCAGUUUGCAGGAGUACAGAAAAUAUGUGGGGAGAAAAUUCCAGUAAUAGCUUAGUGAAGGCUGAGCAUGGCUAGUACCCAUGAAAUGCUGACUGAUUGGUUUUUUUUGGGGGGGGGAAUCUGACAGUUGUGGGGGAGGAGGAAUGGAGUGAAAUGCCUGGAUAAGAAGGAUGAAGGAACCCAAGAAUAGCCCUGCUGGGUGAGGCCAAUGGCCUACCUGCUCCAGCAUCCUUUUCUCAUAGUGGCCAACCAGAAGCCUGCAAGCAGCACCAGAACACAACAGUGCAAGGAAGAAAUGCACAAUAUGGAAGGAGUAGAAGGAACCCACACAAUGUCUAGAUAGGUCAUUUCAUGUUUCACACUGAGAAGCUAUUUAUAAAUAUUGCCAGGGAUGGAAGUAAGAGCUGCCCAAAACAAUCCACUGAGAACUGUGUGUGCUCAGUGGGCACAGACUGCUGACUGAACUUUUGGGGCUGAGGGAAUGAAAAACCAGAGGGGGGGGGGGAAAUGGAAUGAAGUGGCUGGAAUCCUGAAGUAUUACACUUCAACGCUAUAUUGUCUGCUUGUAUAUACUAAUAGUUGUCAAAACCUAGACCCCAAAUCCCAGGAAUCAGCUCUUAUUGGUACAAAUGGUGUCUAAAGCAAACCCUGCCAGGUAGUACACUGCUACCACUCCUUAAGCCCAACCAACCUGGGCCAGGAGACUCCCAUAGCUUACCAGACACCUCUAAGAUUCCAGAGAAGCAAAAGUUAAAAACCAGAUUCUCCUUCCUAAGUCUUAGGUUACCAACUUACUCAGUGUCAUAUAACCAAGAGGUUAGGGCCUGAUACAGUACCAAGACUUUACCUAAACAGACAGGCACCAGUUUUAAAUGAAGUGGGUUUAUUUAAAAGGGAUAGGGUAAAAAUGAAGUAAAAAUAGUAGUAGUACAAAGCUACAAUGGAUCCCCAGGACCUGUCAAAAGGCUUGGUAGCUAGAAACUUCUGGCUCUGGUCUGUGUGCAUUCUCACAGACUUCUCACAGCUGAAAUCACUUCCCAGUUAGCCUGUUAUGGCUUUGGCCUUGAAGCACAGUAGCACAAGCUAGCAUAGGUGCUCCAACUUGAAACAAUUCCAGUUAAUGGGGGGAAACGCUUGCAGAGACCAGCUUUUACACAGGCUGAAGUAGGAAAGCCAUUUUCUUGGCAAUAAGGCAUCUUGGUUCUGAGUGCUGGUCCUUACGUAGCCAAAACAAUAAAAUCCAAGUACAAUGAAGAGUUAUUAGCAUGUUUGUGGGGAAACCCUGAGGUUGCAGAAGCAGAAAACAAAAAACAUUAAGAGGGGGAGUAAAUGGGACGCGGAUGGCGCUGUGGGUUAAACCACAGAGCCUAGGACUUGCCGAUCAGAAGGUCGGCGGUUCGAAUCCCCGUGACGGGGUGAGCUCCCGUUGCUCGGUCCCUGCUCCUGCCAACCUAGCAGUUCGAAAGCACGUCAAAGUGCAAGUAGAUAAAUAGGUACCGCUCCAGGCGGGAAGGUAAAUGGCAUUUCCGUGCACUGCUCUGGUUCGCCAGAAGCAGCUUAGUCAUGCUGGCCACAUGACCCGGAAGCUGGACGCCGGCUCCCUCGACCAAUAAAGCGAGAUGAGCGCCACAACCCCAGAGUCGGUCACGACUGGACCUAAUGGUCAGGGGUCCUGUUACCUUUAAAUGGGUGUCCCCCUCUAUAAAGAGUUCAAUAAGAACUGAGUGUGCUCAGUGACAGCAGAACGCUAUCUGAUGGGGGGUGGAGGACACACAGAAAACAGUGAUGGAAUGGACUGAAAUAUUGAACAAAAGCACUCAAUAGUUCAACAUUCUGUUGCAGACCCAAUGUAGUUCACUAACAUGUUUUGAUGAACUGGAAGUACUCCAACCAGAAGAUUUAUUACUGUCUGCCUCAGUAGUCCUAGUAUACAAACUGGCUAGAUGGCUGUCUUGUGUGGUUAAAAAACAACAGUUAAAAAGUGAAGUACAUGUUUUAUUAAUAAACAUAAUUAAUUGGAGACUCUUGUUUCCUUGUAAGCGUUUCUAGCAUAGGAGUAGCAACAAUCUUUUGAUAGACAGUGAUGGCUCUGUGGUAAGUAUUGACAGGAUGCUUUUUCCAUCUUGAUCACACAAAGGCCAUAUCAAAGAAAAAGCAGAGGAGGACAGGUAAUAAAGAAUGCCUGUAUUUAAGAAAGUAAUACUGUAUUCUGAAGGUGAUUGUUUCAUGUGUAUGAUCUCAAUGUGUGCAAACUAUAACUAGUAAACAGUGUGAUUCAAGAGACUACACAUUGGAAUAAUAAAAUUGAAUCGAAUUAUCUACCACACAGGAUUUUUUUGUAAGUGAAACUAUUAUUCACUAAAUACAGUUUAUCUGUUUUAAAUAUUUUUUCUUCUCUCAAAAACACAGACAGCAAAGUUAACAACAACAUGAAAAAGCGGAUGUAAUUUAAAAAUCCCUAUAAAUUUAUUUACAUUAAAAAUAAUACUCAUUCAGCUAAAAUCUGUAAUCCAGAGAUUAAAAUUGAUACUGAUUCUCCGGCCAUCACUGUCACCACAGCCUGUCUUCUCCUCGUUGCUAUAAAACAGAAUUUCACAACAGGCUUGAUCUUUAUUGGCAAGAAGGAAUUUAACAUAAGUUUCCUCUGAGCGGGUGUAUUUAUUCUGUUUCAGAACUUGAAAUAUAGGUUUGAAUGUGCUUAGCAAGUUUCAUUUAAAAAAACCAACUACAAUACAUUUCUAUCUUUCUCAACCUGACACGCAUGGUUCUCUCCUCAAAACAACCAUGUAAUGUAGGUUAGGCAGAGUGAAGGUGAAUAGCACAAGUUGAGCUUCAUAUCUGAGUGAUUUGAACCCAGGUCUCGCAGGCCCAAGUCUAACCACAACACUAAAGAAAGAUGCUGCAUUACAAACAAAUAUUGCUGAAUAAUUAACCAAGGCUUGACAUUGCUUACCCAACAUACUAUAAACAUAGUAUAAUCAGAUUUAAUAUUGAUUAGCACAGCAAAAGGAUUCUUGGAAUUUUUAGUUUCUUCUGCUUAUCUAUAUACCGUAUGUGAGAAACAAUUUUGCCAAUAAUCGCUCAUUAUGCCAUUUGGAGUUGUGUAUGUCAUAGUGAAGAGUUGCAAAAUUCAAGGCAUUUGUACAUAACAGUUUUUACCAGGAAAUAGACAGCAAAACAACCUUUGGUCAAGUUCAGGUACAUAUUAUUAUUUCCAGUGUCAAACUUUCAUUAUUCUGGGGGCUGUAAAUUUGGCAGUGAGCAAAUUAAGCAUUUGCUCCCUCCUAAAUGGUCCAACCACGCUGUAUGCUCAUUGGCUUUCAGGUUUCAUGGAAUUUUUAAAGUGUCAGUUGGGGAUGUGGAAAUGGUAAGAGGAACUGGUUUGCUUGAGUUCCUAACAUGUCCCUAAGCAGCUGAGUGACAGGCUUGCUGAAUGGAGGCUUUGACAAUUCUUAGAUUAAUCCCUACUGCCAAGCCAGUCUUUACUUCUUUUGUGGUUUGGGGUAUUUUUCAAAGAGACAGACAGAUGCCAACAACAACUAGUGAACCUGAACGGCACUUGACUUCUUAGUAUGUACCAAUACAGUUUCCAGACUGGUUUAUGAUAUUGCUACAUUGCUGUGCGUUUUAUCAAUGACCAAUAAUUGAAUUUAUAACAAGGCAUUGGUGAAAGUGCAGAACUUGACAAAUGUUUCAGGUUUGUAUUUUCAGUGGCUUGCUAUUUUCUGGUAGGUAACUCGUGGAAGUAAUGAUGAGAAACUGUUGUCAUCUCUUGAGAACCUUCCCAGUAAUGUUCUACUGCAUUCAGCGGUUCACCUCUCUCUCUCUUAGUUGUCUGUAUCAGGGACAGGAUCUGGAAAACCUGGUGUCAAUCCAGACAAUACUGGAAUAGAAGUUUGUGGGAAUACCCAUUUAUUGAGUUCACCAAUAACAUAGCAUUCAGGCUCCUUAGUUAUGUAGGUUUGCAGUUUGGGGUGCUUCUGCAUUCAUUAUUGUACACAGACGUUCUGGAAGUGGUGUAGGUUACGAGCUGAUAAGACUGAAUCUAUAGUAAGGAUCAAAGGCAGAACAAUAAUUAUUCAUGCCUCUUUAACCUCUCUAGACUUCAUGAUUGAUUACUUACCCCUGAAGGCUGUACAAAGGUUGCAGUCACACAUCACCCCCCCUCAGUAAUUGCUUGAGAAUAGUUCUACAAAGUAUCUUUCUCUCCUCCACAUUAAAGUCCCUGCAGAGUAACUUCCAGAAGGAAAGAAUCCAAAAGCUGCAGGUAGUGUGGUCAUACUUUGUCCAGCCAUACCUUGGUUAGGGCAAGUCUAAAUGUCACAAAGCCAUAUUUCAAGUUCUUCAUAACUUUUCAUCAGGUUAGCUGUUGAGCAAACUGGAUAGGGGAGGGGUGUUUGAAGACGCCGGACAUGUAUAACAAGCUUAAGACACAAACUUUUCCUGCACUUCAACUUUGUGAUAUUUUGUGUUGUUCUAAUAAAGUAUUACAGUGCUGUAACAUUUGGGUGGUUUUGUACAGUUUUUGUUUGCUUCACGGGAUUUUGAAACUAUGAAAAUGAUCUGACAAAGGGAAUUAACAUUUUUGAGCAGCGGGGUGAGGAGGGGAUGAUAGACCGUUGAACCUUAUUGUGGGGACCAUACAGUGGAGUGCACCUCCAGGGGUAAAGUCAAACUACUGUGUUAGCAGCGUGGGCAGUGUGUGUUGCAUUUAUAUCCCACCUUUUUCUCCAAGGAGUCCACGGUUCACCCCCCCCCCUCAGCUAAUCCCUACAACAACCCUGUGAGGUAGGUGAAGAGGUUUGACUCAAAGGUCACCCAGUGAGCUUCAAGACUUGAGUGGGGAUUUGAACCCAGAGCUCCCCAGGUCCCAGUCUGAUACUCUAACCACUACACCACACUGGCUUCCUAGAGUUCUUUUGCUCUUGGGCAGCUUUAUAAAUUAAGUUGGUAAAUAAAUAUGGGGAAAGCAGAAUGUCCUUGGAGAUGGAUCUGAAAUAUUUUCCUAGGAGCUUGAAUUUGUUUUAUUCUGGACGGUUAGAUUGGAUGUUUUAAUAUGUUGUGGACGACUUUGAGAUGUUUUCUUUAAAAUGUAAAGUGGUAUAGAAAUGAAAUGAAUAAUAAUAAUAGUAAAUUGUAUGGUAAAAAAAAUGGCACCUAGACAUUCUGUUAGGCGACCGUAACCUAACGGUCUAGUCCAGGGGUCAGCAAGGUUUAUCUUGCCUGGGCCAGAUCGGUCCCACAGAGAUCCUUCCUUGGGCCGGAUCGCAUGCAUGCACACAAUUUUCGGUGUCUGUGCAUGCACAGAUGCGAUUUUUGGUGCCAUGGAAGCAAGUCCCUGUGCUGCACUGCGCCGGUUCAGCGCCGCACGCGAGCGGGCAACUCUGUUCAGGGGCGGCUCGUGGGCUGGUCAAACGAUCUCCGCAGGCCGCUUCCGGCCCAUGGGCCUUAGGUUGCUGACCCCUGGUCUAGCCCAACCCCUUGCAAUGAUUCCUGCAUUCCAGGGGUUUGGACUAGACGACCCUUCAACUCUGUGAUUCUGUGAAACUUGGUUUAAGAUGCCAUUUGGCCGUUAGCUUAUAUAUCUGAGUUUCUAACACUGCCUGGAAUCGGAGAAAAAGACGGGAUAUAAAUAAAUAUAAUAAUAAUUACGCUGGAAGCUGCCAUCCCCCAAGGCAACUAUUGUCUGCACUGACUGGCAGCCGUCUAGGGUUUCAGGCGGGGAAUCUUUUCUAGCCAUAUCUGGAGAUGAGGUGACUGAGCCAGAGGCGAUGUGGAGACAAUGUGGGGAGCGAUAGGAACACUCUGUGUGUGUGUGUGUGUGUGUGUGUGAUGUGCAACAAGCUGAGUGACCUGCCUUGCCUUUCAGGGAUGCUGGUGAUUCGUGUGUGUGGCAUCGGCCAGGCUCCCCCAGAGGCAGGACUCCUCUCUCCACAGAACAGGUGGGCAGUUAACCAGCUCUCUGCCCUUGCUGCUGGACUCUUAAUCUUAGGGCUGUGGGUUCGAGCCCCACGUUGGGCAAAAGAUUCCUGGAGUGCAAAGGGUUGGGCUAGGUGACCCUUGUGGCCCCUUUCAGCUCUGCCGUUCUAUGAUUCUAUGACAUGGGGGCAACUGGCUUACUUGGACAGUACCAAUGUCCACCUAGCAUACCUGCCCUUUCCCAGUUUCCAAAGCUGAAACAGCAAACCACAAGCCUACACUGAAGGAGUGUGGUUCAGAGAAACCCACACUGUUUGCCACGCUUUAGCUACCCUGAGCAUAGGAGCCAAUUCUUAGGGGCCCAGGUCAUAGAAACGUAAGAGUUGGAAGGGACACUAAGGGUCCUCUAGUCUAACCCCCUGCAAUGCAGGAAUCUCAACUAAAGCAUCUAUGAUAGAUAGCCAUCCAUCCAGAUGUAAAACAGAUCAACGUUUGACUUUUAGAAGACAUCUGAAGGCAGGUAUAGGGAAGUUUUUAAUGUUUGAUGUCAUAUGGCCGCCAGGAGCAUAUAACACUGGUCCUAAAGGAUAUUCACUGGCUCCCAGUUCAUUUCUGAGCACUGUUCAAAGCACUGGCGAUUACCUUUCAAGCCCUAAAUGGCCUUGGCCCACUAUACCUGAAAGAGCAUUUCCACUCCCAUUGUUCAUCCCAGACACUGAGGUCCUCCUCUGAGGGUUUUAUGGCAGUUCCCUCACUGCGAGAAGCGCAGUUACAGGGAACAAGGCAGAAGGCCUUCCUGAUAGUGGUGCGCUCCCUGUCAAGGAGAUAAAGAACUAUGUAACUUUCAGAAGACACCUGAAGGCAGUCCUAUAUAGGGAAGUUUUUAAUGUUUGAUAUUUUACUAUGUUUUAUAUAUGCUGUAAGGCAACCAGAGUGGCUGGGGCAACCCAGUCGGAUGGGCAGGGUACAAAUAAUAAAAUUAUUACUAUCCCAGCACCACUAACGGAGUCUGCCUUUUUCCUCUAGACGUUGCCGCUGCCGUCAUGAGUGGGAAGUCACUGCUGCUGAAGGUCAUCCUCCUGGGCGAUGGGGGUGUUGGGAAGAGCUCUCUCAUGAACCGCUACGUCACCAACAAGUUUGACUCGCAGGCUUUCCACACCAUCGGCGUGGAGUUCCUUAACCGGGACCUGGAGGUGGACGGGCGCUUGGUGACCCUCCAGAUUUGGGACACGGCCGGGCAGGAGCGCUUCAAGAGCCUGCGGACCCCCUUCUACCGGGGGGCCGACUGCUGCCUGCUGACCUUCAGCGUGGACGACCAGCGGAGCUUCGACAACCUGGGCCACUGGCAGAAGGAGUUCCUCUGCUACGCCAACGUGAAGGACCCCGAGCGCUUCCCCUUUGUGGUGCUGGGCAACAAGGUGGACAAGCUGGAGAGGCAGGUGAUGCCCGAAGACGCCCGGGCCUGGUGCACGGAGCACGGCAACUACCCCUACCUGGAGACAAGCGCCAAGGACGACACCAAUGUGGCCGUGGCCUUUGAGGAAGGUGUGCGGCGGGUGUUGGCCGUGGAGGAACAGCUGGAGCGCUGUGUGCUGGGCAGUUCCAUCAACUUGCAUGCCAGCAGCAAGGCAGGCUCUUCCUGUUGCUGAACAGCCAAGGGGGUGGGUGGGAAGGGCACGUCCUGGAACAGUAAAGGCCUGUGGGGGUCGGGCUGUAGGCAGAAUAGGGGCAGGGGGCUUAGAUAAGUGUUCAAAAUCCCCAUGCACCAGGCAUAUUUGGCGACUGGUGCCGGUCCAGUUGCGACCUUCUGGAGAUCUCUGGAUGCCAGGUUGGCGAUGAACAGCUCCAUCUGGGUGGUCCCUCCAGCUUUCUUAAGUGGGUCAGCAGAAGAGUUUAUUUAUUGCAUUUAUAUCCCACCUUUUUCUCCAAGGGGUCCACGGUUCUCUGCAAUUCAGUUAAUCCCUACAAAAACCCCGUGAGGUAAAUGAAGAGGCUGUGACUGACUCCAAGGUCACCUGGUGAGCUUCAAGACUGGUGAUUUGAAUCCAGACCCCCCCCCCCCCCAGGUCCUAGUCUGACACUCUAACCACUUCACCACACUGGCUUCCUAGAGUACUUCUGCUCUGGGGCAGCUUUAUAAAUUAAGUCAGUAAAUAAAUAUAGGGAAAGCAGAAUGUCCCUUAGAGAAGGAUCUGAAAUAUUUUCCUGGGAGCUUGAAUUUGUUUUAUUCUGGAUAGUUUUAUUGGAUGUUUUAAUGCGUUGUUGAACACCUUGAGAUGUUUUCUUUAAAAUGUAAAGUGGUACAAAAAUAAUAAUAAUAGUAAUAAUAAUUUCAUUUUUUUAAACCGUAACCUAGAUUUAAGGUGCCGUUUAGCUUAUCUAUCUGAGUUUCUAACACUCUUUGAGACCCAUUGGCUACCUUUACCUGGUUUAGCUGGCCAGUUGAAGCUGUUCCUGGGAUGUGGCCGCUGUCACAUGCUGACAGCUUCUAGGAGCCACAGGUGAGAGCUGAGUGCAGAGUGAGGACCCAAGGUAAACCUAUACAUAGGGCCCCACCUAUAAUUACCCUGUCUGUCAUUUAGGAAGGCAGUGGAGGCAAGGACAACAAGAAGGGCUACUCUACUCAGGCUGUCUCCUCUGCCACCCUCCUCCCUGGGCAGGCAGACACUGUAUGUGAGGGAGAAGGAGGGAGAGAGAUAGGGACAAUUGGACUGCCCCCCUCUCCUCCCUGCUCCAGUUGGACCACCCCCUCUCCUCCACAGGGCCAAUAGAUACCAUAUUCCCUGUGGGAGUGACAGGGAGAGUGGGGGAAGCAGGGAUAAAAUCUGGGCCUGCUCCAGUUGAACUGCCCCCUCUCUCCCAUAGGGCCGAGGGACACCUGUGAGAGAGUGGGGAGGUAGGCAAAACAGCACCGGGGCCUGCUCCAUUUGGACUGUUCCCCCCCCCCCACCUCCCACCAUCACUAAGAGAUGCAAUUGCAGUCAGCCUGUGGCAUUUCUGUUCAGGACUCAAAUUUAUAAAAGAUAAAAACAGUAGUCCAUUCCAAUAGCCAUCGUUGGUGAUAAUGCCAGCUUUCUAGCUACAUAAUCCUAAUUUGAUAUGCUAAUUUAAUGCCCAUAGUAGCAUGCUGCUUAAUUUAGACUUAAUCAGAACUGUGGGUUUUAUUCAUCCACAGUUCUGAUUAAGUCCAAAUUUAAUAGAUGGGAAUCAAAUUUGCUGAUUAAUUCUAGUUCGCCCAGUUGAGACUCCUACUGCCUUUUUACGGCUGAAGUAAGGUAACUUAGAGUCAGAAACUGUGCCCUGGAAAGCUAAACAUUCUCCCACUAGUUUCUGAAUGCUGCUCUUGUUGGUUCUUAUCAAUGCAAGCUUAUGACACAAUGCAUACAUAGGUUAGUUUUUAAGGUGCUAUAACAUGGCUGCCUUUCUAGAAUAUGUCGUUUCUGAGGAUUGUGAUAGACAGAAAUAUUUUAUUUUAUUUAUUUAUUAAUAUAUUUUUAAUAGAUAGAUAUGUAUGUGUAUUUGUCCUUUGUGCACCCUAACUCAACACAAGACUUUGCUGGGCAAGAAAGCAUGGGGGUCUCACAUGUGGGAGGAAUUAGGAGAGUCAAGUGUUUCUCUAAUGUGCCACAGUGCUCCAAAUGGGGUUUGUCAUUCGUCCUGCAGUGAAUAUGUCAGAAAGGCAGGUUGCCUAGGGGAAACUGGGCAAAGCAGAACUCAGACGAUCAAAAUGAGACCAACUCUGCAUUGCAGAGAUGUCUGCAAACAUGACAUGAAGGCUGGCAACAUCAAUCCCGCCAUGUGGGAAUCUCUUACAGACCACAGUGCCUGGAGACAGGCAAACAGGUCGUGCAUCUGCAGCAGUGACCAGAGGAAGAGCGACCGUUGGAACGAGCACAAAGAGAAGAAAGACCAUGAUGCAUUUGCAGCAACACAACCUGAUGCCUUCACCUUCCUCAGCUGCAACAAAACAUCUCUCCCAUAUCAGCCUCUACAGCCACAGCAGGUGCUGUAACUCUCCAGUGGUUUGACUUCAUCCCCAAAGGUGUACUUCGUUGUCUCCCGAGACAGAAGGUUGUCAGCCUCCAUUGCCUCAUGAGGCAGACGGAGGUUUAGGUCACCAAUAGCAAGUCAGGAUGGGUGAGAAGUUCAGGGUAAAUCAACUCUGCUGCACCCUAGAGCCGUUCCAUUUGUCCUGCGGUGUCCCCUCCACACACAGCCUCUCCUGCUGCAAUUAGGCUUGGGGGGGAAAAGCAUUCUAUUUUAGAUAUUUCCUGGGCGGGGUACUGUUUCAAGGGGGACCUUUUUUUGAGGGCAUGUCUAGAGAAUGAAGGCUUAACUCCACUGGCCAUUUGGAGCUGGGGCUGAUGGUAGUUGGUGUGCAACAACAUCUGGAGGGAACCACAUUGGCUCCAUGUUUUAACUAAUGGAUUAUCUGCAGGGCUGUCUUUACUUGAUUUUUUUCAAACUUUACUUGGUUCAAAGCUGAAGCAGAGCUCCCACCCAAGGAAUGUUAUUAAUUUAUUUAAUUGGAUUUAUAUCCCACCUUUUUCUCUUGACAAGCUCAAGGUAGCAUACGUGGUUCUCCCCCUUAUUUAAUCCCCACAACAACCCUGUGAUGCAGGUUAGGCUGAGAGGCAGUGAGUGGCUCAAGGUCACCCAGUGAGUUUCAUGGCUGAGAGGGGAGUUGAACCCUUCCCAGGUCCCCAUCCAGUACUGUAACCACUAAACCACAUUACCCAGUGUCACCAUUAUUCUCCUUUGGACUCUGGGCAAAAGUCAGUUUGGUUUGCCCAAGCUAUCAACACUUCUUACUAUUUAUUUGCUGAAGGGUAUUUUAUUGGUGUGAACUACUGCUUGCUUGUAUUCCCUUCUCUGUUUUAAAUGCUCUGGAUAUAGUGGAAAUGAGGAUAUAAUUCUUACUAAAUUAAAUUAAAACCUCUAAAUAAAAUGCUAGCUGUAACACUGUUCCACACUGUUCCUGCAUCUAUGUGGACAUGCCAGUUUGCAGGCUUUAGUUUAGUUUAAAUGGUGCAGAUUGUAUAAUCCAAUUUGGUUUACAAAGUAACAUUCUCUCAGAUUAAAAGCAGUACCAGCACUCUGUUCUGCUACUGACUCAUUUCCCGGCACCUGGAUUUCCAUAAAGUCUAGCAUCGUCGACUACGGACUUAAAAUGUAUAGGAGGUAUUUCCUUAUCUAGAAUUCCAUUUAAUGAGAGAGCAGAAGCUUAAAAUGAGAGCAAUCUCCACAACAAAUGGAAAUAGUAUGUGAUCUUAGACAUUUUGAAAAAGAUUUCUGAUAAAUUAUAGAGAUUCCUCAGUCUUGCCAUAAAAUAGGGCCAGAGAGCUAAGAGCACAUGUUGGGGCUUUCCGAGCAUGAGCUAGUGUUAUACUACUAGACUGAGUCUUGAUGCUUUCUGAGUUGAACCAUUUUGACUGCCUUUUCUGUACAUGGAAGUAAACCACAUUUAAUUUGAGGCUACUGCAGCAGGUUACUGAAAAACCAUUCUGGAAGGCCCAGCAUAUCCAGCUCUGACUUAUUAUUGAAAAGAGCUCACCUCACAAUGCAACAGGUACAUGUAAGUUACGAAAGUUUUGUAGCAAACCUAAGAAUUACAUAAGAACAUAGGAAGAGCCUCAUGGAUCAGGCCAAUGGUCCAUCUAGUCUGGCAUCCUAUUCUCACAGUGGCCAACCUGAUGCCUGUGAGAAACGGGAAAGCAGGAUUUGAGCACAGGGCCACAGAUACUAAGAAGCACAAAGCUUUACUUUCAAUGAAGAUGGUGAUGCUGCACUUGGUGGAUUUCUGCCUGACAGGCUGUUUUUAAAGGUAUGGAACCGCUGUUCAUAAAAGAGCAACCUCAGAUUCAGCUUUGGCAUUCAAAAGCAUGUUUAUCGCACGGAAAACUUUCUGUUACAGGGUAGUUUAAUAAAUAUAAUAAUAAAUAGUGACUAAUAAUGUAAACUCUACUUGUUUUAAUUGCAAUGUUUUUAUAACCUGCCCUGGGACCCUUUGGUAAAGGAUAAGCUAGAAGUAUAAAUUAAAUUUAAAAACACGUAUUAUCUCUAUCACUAACUUAUGUGAAGGACAAGUUCUCAAUAUUGGAUUUGCUAAACAUUUGCUAAACCCAUUCCAUACAGGGAUUGUAAUGUUUUAUAUUGCCCCAAUUGCAUAGUAAGUCCCUAAUAUCACUACUAGUUCCUAAGAAUGUGGGGUGCUAGUAUAAAGAUUCUGCAUACAGUUAGGAUAUUAUACAUAGUGAUUAGCUUUGAAAUGUUAUGUUUUAUUUUUCACACAGGAGCCAGGGUGAACCAAUGGUAGUAUAGUUAAAAGUAAAAUAUUAAACUGUUGACUAGUAUUUAGAGCUUUGGAUAAUUGGAAGUAACAUAUUGAGUAUAGCUCCAUAGACAGUAACUUGAGGUGGGCUGUCCUUCAAGGUGUAUUGAAACCCUAUCAUAACAUAGUGGAAAAUGGCAAAACCAAAAUAUGGCUUGUAUUUUAAUAUAGCAAAAUGUAAUAACAUGAUUUUAAUGCCUGCUAUUUUGCUUCUUACUGAAGAAUUGGAUAUAAUGCUGCCUACUCACAUUCUCUUGUGUCUGUGAAAGGCACAGACUUGUGUAUGUCUUCUUUGAAAGAUAGUGGAAAGACUAGCAAGUGAAUGUGGAAUAAGCUGUAGCUGCAGUUCUACUGUUGGGCAGUAGUGUUAAUAUUGAUUAAAAAUACUGGCUUACAAUAUAUUACCAUGGAAAUUCUGUAGUUUAACUAUGAACAUUAUCACAAAUAGCUGAUUUGUGAUAUCGGACAAGCAGGAUCCGAUUAUGAAUGUCCUAUAAAAUUCAGACAAUGUUUCCUGUGUGUUCACAUCAUACUUAGAGUUCACUUCAUUGUAAAAGCUUGCUGUGGGGUAUUCUUGUAAAAUGAAUGUGUAAAAAGAAUGAAGAAAAUGUAUUUAGAGGAAUAAUGUGUAUUAAAUUUCUAUAAGUCUCUUUCUGAUGAGUGCAUU